UUUUAAAGCCCUUUUUUCCUAUUCUACCUUGUUCAAAAUAAUAAUAAAAUAAUAAAAAUAAAAUGUAAACACCUUCAAGUCUGACUCUCUUAGGCAAUUCCUUAAGAUAGGAAAUUUGGGUUCUGCUAUUUCUGACAGUCACAGCUGCAUCGUUCCCACUAGAUGCACGUGCACAUAACAAGCACCUCCUUAUUCAUUUGCUCCCUGCGAAUGACUUUAUACAUCCUUGUGCCUACUCUCUUUUGUUGCUGCAUAAAAAAAAAUUGUGGUUUUAUAACGUUUCCAAAAGGGACAAUUUACCCAACCAACAUUGGAGGGUGGGAAGAAGACAGAUGCUUAUUGUGUGUUAAGCAUACAAGUUUUUCGCCGCAUCCAAACGACACCGUUGGCAGCCCGCCCCCGCCGUUUAUUCCCGAUUCAUAUUUUCUGUGGAAAAUCCAGCGAGUUACAAACAAACAAAAAAACAACACGGCGUAUUUUAUUUCUGAGGUGAUUUCCUUCCAACGCGCCGUCCCGCGCAUGUUUACUUCAGAAGGAAGCCCGGCCGGUUUCAAGCGAGUUUUACUUCGUAACACUGCAAACCGUAGCAUUCACUUUCCUGGGAUUAAGCCCUACUUAACCCUAUAGGACUUUCCUCCGAGUAAGCCUGUACAGGAAGGAGUUUCCUGCUCAGCUCCCCUCGAUAUAAGGCGGCGAUUCUGCCCCACACCGGCCCGCCCCCUUUCUGAGAAGAGAGCGCAGGCGCCGGGAGACCGCGAGACGAGAUUUGCCCUUUCCUGUUGCUUCCUCCGCUUCCCUCAGAGCGGGAGUUUUUGAGCAGAUGUGUUUCUCUCUCGCCCGCUCCUCGGACUUGACGUUAUCAUCUCUGAGCAACUGAGUGCCUUUUGAAAAUGGAAACGCCUGAAUUAAACAAAUCUACACUUCUAUGCUCCACUCCAAAGAACUGUGAGACAUCUGCUCAGAGCAGCAGCAGCAGCUCCUCAGGGAAACAGCUAAUGAGUGCAACUCUAAGAGAACGAUUGAAGAAAGCAAGACGGUCCUUUCAUUCAGCUUUCACUGUUGCAAAGCGUCUUAAAAUAGAUGAUGAAAACAACGGUAGUCCUUGUGAAGGAAGGGCUUUAUCUGAAGGAGAGACAUGUUCUAAGUCACAAAAUGAGGGUGAACAUUUAGAAAAAGUUCCUGAUGCCACCAUGUGUUUGAAAAGUGCUUUGCAAGAGAGAGAGCUCUAUGUAUUGAAAUAUACUGGAUGUAGUGAAGCUAUACAAAGCUCUCCAGAAGUUCGGUCAGAAACAAAUUGCGGGCAACGGGAACUAUUGGAUGAAAAGAGAAUGUUAGCAAAGAAGAUUCAGGAAAAGGAGGAAUUUCUUCGAAGACUUAAACUCGUCAAAAUGUACAGAUCAAAGAAUAACCCAACAGAGUUGCGGUCUCUAAUAUCAAAAUGGCGGUGCAGUUCCCAAGCAAUGCUAUAUGAGCUACAGUCAUCCUUGUCUACAGAUAGCAGGAAAUUAAGUCUCACUCAAUUGAUAGACAAUUUUGGAUUAGAUGAUAAACUGUUACAUUACAUUAGAACAGAAGAAAACUUUACAGAUGCAUGAUACGAGUGUUUCUAUUUCAUUCUUAACACAUCAGAAGAUAAAUAUUUUCAAAGUUUAAAUUUGGCUUUUGAGCUGCAUUGCUGGACUGUUGUGAAUCCUUGAAUCUUAAAUAUUAAAAGACUGCUGCAAAAAGUA